GCAGAUAUUCACUGAAGUAACAUACAUAUAAGAAACAUGAUUCCAGUGACAGAAUUCCGACAAUUCUCUGAGCAGCAGCCUGCAUUCCGCGUGCUGAAGCCAUGGUGGGAUGUGUUUACGGAUUACCUCUCUGUGGCCAUGCUGAUGAUUGGUGUGUUCGGAUGCACUUUACAGGUCAUGCAAGACAAGAUAAUCUGCCUUCCAAAAAGAGUUCAGCCUGCUCAGAACCACUCAUCUGUUUCAAAUGUCUCUCAAGCAGUUGCUAGUAACUCCCCGCUGCCUCUACCCAAACUGUCUCCUACCAACCCUGCCCCUGUAGAAAUGAAAGGAUUGAAAACAGAUCUGGAUCUUCAGCAGUACAGUUUCAUAAACCAGAUGUGUUAUGAGCGAGCCCUCCAUUGGUAUGCCAAGUAUUUCCCCUAUCUUGUGCUCAUCCACACUUUGGUCUUCAUGCUCUGCAGUAACUUUUGGUUCAAAUUCCCUGGAUCUAGUUCCAAAAUAGAACAUUUCAUCUCCAUCUUGGGAAAGUGUUUUGACUCUCCCUGGACAACACGGGCGUUAUCUGAAGUAUCUGGGGAGGACUCAGAAGAAAAGGACAACAGGAAGAACAAUAUGAACAGGUCCAAUACCACUCAGUCUGGUCCAGAGGGCAGCCUGGUCAACUCUCAGUCUCUGAAGUCAAUUCCUGAGAAAUUUGUGGUUGAUAAAUCUACAGCAGGGGCUCUGGAUAAAAAGGAAGGUGAGCAAGCAAAGGCCUUAUUUGAGAAGGUAAAGAAGUUCAGGUUGCAUGUGGAAGAAGGUGAUAUACUCUAUGCUAUGUAUGUUCGCCAGACUGUACUGAAGGUUAUCAAAUUCCUCAUCAUCAUUGCAUAUAAUAGUGCUCUGGUUUCCAAAGUCCAGUUUACAGUGGAUUGUAAUGUUGACAUUCAGGACAUGACUGGAUAUAAAAACUUUUCCUGCAAUCAUACCAUGGCUCACUUGUUCUCAAAACUGUCCUAUUGCUACUUAUGCUUUGUAAGUAUCUAUGGAUUGACCUGCCUUUAUACCUUAUACUGGCUAUUCUACCGCUCUCUAAGGGAAUAUUCUUUUGAGUAUGUCCGGCAGGAGACUGGAAUUGAUGAUAUUCCAGAUGUGAAAAAUGACUUUGCUUUUAUGCUUCAUAUGAUCGAUCAGUAUGAUCCUCUUUAUUCCAAGAGAUUUGCAGUGUUCCUGUCUGAAGUCAGUGAAAACAAAUUAAAGCAGCUAAACUUAAAUAAUGAGUGGACUCCUGAUAAACUGAGGCAGAAACUGCAGACAAAUGCCCAUAAUAGAUUGGAAUUGCCUCUAAUCAUGCUCUCUGGCCUUCCAGACACUGUUUUUGAAAUCACAGAGUUGCAAUCUCUAAAACUUGAAAUCAUUAAGAAUGUAAUGAUACCAGCCACCAUUGCACAGCUAGACAAUCUCCAGGAGCUCUCUCUACAUCAGUGCUCUGUCAAAAUCCACAGUGCAGCUCUCUCUUUCUUGAAGGAAAACCUCAAAGUCCUGAGUGUCAAGUUUGAUGACAUGAGGGAGCUGCCCCCCUGGAUGUAUGGGCUGCGUAAUCUGGAAGAGCUCUACCUGGUUGGCUCUCUAAGUCAUGAUAUUUCUAAAAAUGUCACUCUUGAGUCUCUGCGGGAUCUCAAAAGCCUUAAAAUUCUCUUUAUCAAAAGCAAUGUUUCCAAAAUCCCUCAGGCAGUGGUGGAUGUCGCUAGCCAUCUCCAGAAGAUGUGCAUACACAACGAUGGCACCAAGCUGGUGAUGAUCAACAAUUUAAAGAAGAUGACCAAUCUGACAGAGCUGGAACUGGUCCACUGUGACCUGGAGCGCAUUCCUCAUGCUGUUUUCAGCCUGCUUAGUCUCCAGGAACUGGACCUGAAAGAAAACAACCUGAAAUCUAUAGAAGAAAUCGUGAGCUUCCAGCACUUGAGGAAGUUGACAGUGCUAAAACUGUGGCACAACAGCAUCACCUACAUCCCAGAGCAUAUAAAGAAACUCACCAGCCUGGAACGACUGUCCUUUAGUCACAAUAAAAUAGAGGUGCUGCCUUCCCACCUAUUCCUGUGCAACAAAAUCCGAUACUUGGAUUUAUCCUACAAUGAUAUCCGAUUCAUUCCACCUGAAGUUGGAGUUUUACAAAGUUUACAAUAUUUUUCCAUCACUUGUAACAAAGUGGAAAGCCUUCCAGAUGAACUUUACUUUUGCAAGAAACUUAAGACUUUGAAGAUUGGAAAAAAUAGUCUAUCAGUACUCUCACCAAAAAUUGGAAAUUUACUAUUUCUUUCCUACUUGGAUGUCAAAGGGAAUCACUUUGAAAUCCUCCCUCCUGAACUGGGUGACUGCCGGGCCCUGAAGCGAGCUGGUUUAGUUGUAGAAGACACUCUCUUUGAAACUUUGCCUUCUGAUGUCCGGGAGCAAAUGAAAGCAGAAUAACUUACUUUUCAUCGAAGUUUGACUGAAACAUGCUUCUACCAAAUACAGUAUAAAUAAUUAGGUAGUCUUAAUGCCUUUCCUAUUUUUUUUCUUUUUAACACAAACAAUGUACACAAAGAUUGAGGACUAUGUAUUUUUAA